AUCGGGAGCGGUGCCAAGAAAAUUUCCUUACUAGAUGACAUUUCAUCGCAAUGUCCGAUCGUUUGGGGCAAAUAACCAAGGGCAAGGAUGGGAAAAGCAAGUACUCGACUCUCAGCCUGUUUGACAAGUAUAAAGGCAGAUCAGUAGACACGGUCAGAUCCUCAGUUAUUCCUAGACAUGGCUUACAGAGUCUCGGGAAAGUUGCCACAGCCCGGCGUAUGCCACCACCUGCAAACCUGCCAAGUCUGAAGUCUGAAAACAAAGGAAACGACCCCAACAUCGUGAUAGUACCCAAGGACGGGACAGGAUGGGCCAACAAGCAGGACCAGCAAGACCCAAAGAGUUCCAGUGUGACGGCCUCUCAGCCGCCGGAGUCGCAGCCGCAGCCGGGUUUGCAGAAAUCUGUCUCCAAUUUGCAGAAACCGACACAGUCAAUCAGCCAGGAGAACACAAAUUCAGUGCCAGGUGGACCAAAGUCAUGGGCACAGCUGAAUGGAAAGCCAGUAGGACACGAAGGUGGUUUAAGGGGCUCAAGCCGACUAUUAUCCUUCUCUCCCGAGGAAUUUCCGACGCUGAAAGCAGCUGGAGGGCAGGACAAGGCUGGCAAAGAAAAGGGCGGCUUAGAUCUGUCGUAUGGGCCAGGACCAAGCCUCCGCCCUCAGAAUGUGACAAGCUGGAGGGAGGGCGGUGGGCGAAACAUAAUUUCUGCCACGUCUCUGAACGCCUCCCCAACUGAGCUGGGCAGCAGGAACUCGAGUGCGGGAGACGGAGCCCCCUCGGCGUGCACCAGCGAGUCUAAGGACCCCUCUCUCCACCCGGCUCAGCCUGUCCGCAAAGGGGCCUCUCAGUUCAUGGGACAUGCUUACCACCCUCCUACAUACCAUGACAUGCUUCCUGCUUUUAUGUGUUCACCACAGUCAUCAGAGAACCAGGGUACAGUGGAACGAAGCUCUUUUCCCCUCCCUCAGCUCCGCCUAGAACCCCGAGUUCCUUUUAGACAGUUCCAGAUGAACGACCAAGACGGGAAAGAAAGGCCAGGCAUGACUCGCCCAGUGCGCCCACUGAGGCAGCUGGUGGAGCGGGCACCACGACCCACUAUCAUCAAUGCAGAAAACCUGAAGGGCCUGGAUGAUCUAGAUACCGACGCGGACGACGGCUGGGCAGGCCUCCACGAGGAAGUAGACUAUUCUGAGAAACUGAAGUUCAGCGAUGAUGAGGAGGAAGAAGAAGCUGUGAAGGAUGGACGGCCAAAGUGGAACAGCUGGGACCCAAGGCGGCAGCGGCAGUUGUCACUGAGCUCUGCCGACAGCACUGAUGCAAAGCGCACUCAAGAGGAAGGAAAGGACUGGAGCGAAGCAGUAGGCACAUCCCGUAUCGUCCAAAAGGUGCCAGAACCUCAGCCUCCUUCCAGGAAGCUUCACAGCUGGGCAUCAGGCCCCAACUACCAGAAGUCCACAGUGGGCAGCGUGUUCCGCCAGCAGUCCAUCGAGGACAAGGAGGACAAGCCACCCCCACGGCAGAAAUUCAUCCAGUCAGAGAUGUCCGAGGCUGUGGAACGAGCUCGAAAGCGCAGGGAGGAGGAGGAGCGCCGAGCCCGGGAGGAGAGGCUGGCUGCGUGCGCUGCCAAACUCAAACAGCUGGACCAGAAGUGCAAGCAGGCCCAGAAGGCCAGCGAGGCCCCGAAGCUGGUGGAGAAAGAGCUUCCCCGAUCUCCUGGCACUGAGAAGGCCAUGCCACAGGAAAAUGGCCCUACGGUCCACAAAGGCUCCCCAGAAUUCCCUAUCCAGGAAGCCUCCACCAUGUUCUCAGAAGAGACACCAACUACUUCUCCUGUAGUGGCUCAGAGCAGCAGCAGCGAGGAGGAAGGCAGGGAGACGGGGUCCCCUGCACAGGAGUUCAGCAAGUAUCAGAAGUCUCUUCCUCCCCGGUUCCAGCGCCAGCAGCAGCAGCAGCAACAGCAGCAGCAACAGCAGCAGCAGCAGCAGCAGCAGCAGGAGCAGCUAUACAAGAUGCAACACUGGCAGCCGGUGUACCCUCCGCCUUCCCACCCCCAGCGUACCUUCUACCCGCACCACCCCCAGAUGUUGGGCUUUGACCCUCGAUGGAUGAUGAUGCCCUCCUACAUGGACCCACGCAUCACACCCACUCGAACCCCCGUGGACUUCUACCCCUCAGCCCUGCAUCCUUCAGGACUGAUGAAGCCCAUCAUGCCCCAAGAGUCCCUCAGUGGGUCUGGCUGUCGCUCUGAAGAUCAAAACUGUGUGCCCCCACUCCAAGAAAGGAAAGUGACUGCCGUUGAUCCAGCCCCUGUCUGGAGCCCAGAGGGCUACAUGGCACUGCAGAACAAGAGCUACUCGCUGCCCCACCCGAAGUCUGCUGACACUUUGACUAUGGACAUGCAUGUCAGGAAUGAAAGCUCUUACUCUGCCUCCCCCGGAAGGUCAGGGGGCAUAAGUGCCCAGCGCGAUCUCUUUGAGGAGAGAGGGGAGGAGUACUUGAGUGCUUUUGACAAGAAGGCCCAAGCAGACUUUGACAGCUGUAUCUCUUCUCAAAGAAUAGGCCAGGAGCUUUUAUUUCCACCUCAGGAAAAUGUUCAGGAGGUGGGUGCUCCUGGGGGUCGUACCCCAAAUCUCAGGUGUCCUCCAUUGGAGCCUGACUUUGUCCCAGCCGAGAAAAAGCCAGAGUAUGGCAGUUGGGAAGUUGGCCACCAGCCAAAGGCCGCUGACACAGUCAAUGGUGUCGAGCUGGAGGCACCCCGGGAGGAGCCGUCCUUCCACGUUUCCUCCUGGGAGAAGGAAGGGAGCCCCAAGAAACAGACAAACUCAGAGUCUGAGUGGACACCCGAGCCCCGGAGCUCCAGCAGCCAGCACCAGGAACAGCCGGGCAGGACCCGGAGGUCGGGACCCAUUAAGAAACCCGUCCUCAAGGCCCUGAAGGUGGAGGAGAAGGAGAAGGAGCUGGAGAGGGUCAAGCAGGGCCUGGGAGAGGAGCGCUCACAGCCAGCCACAGAAAAGGAGCCCAUCUGCAGGGCCGAAGAGGAUGAAGAUGAAGAGAACAACCCCGCCCUGGCCAAUGCUUCCUCUUCUGCCCUGGAGGACAAGGCUGCUGCCCGAGCUGGGUUUGGCCACGAGGCCAGCAAGUUGGAUGAGAAUGUAAAGCCGGACAAGGCCUGGGAGAGCAGGCCCUCUCGGGAGGCCGGUGAAAUCCCUCCCACCAAGAGAAACAACUGGAUCUUCAUAGACGAGGAGCAGGCGUUUGGGGGCCGAGGCCAGGCCCGCAGCCGAGGCCGUGGCUUCAGAGAGUUCACCUUCCGAGGCCGGCUGACCAGCAACAGCACAAGCGGGCUGUGUGGCCCGGGUGUCCUCGGGGCCCGUGGCAUGUACAGCAGUGGUCAGCGCAGUGGCCGGGGCCGGGGCCUGCGGGACUUCCCCCCACCAGAAGACUGCCCCAGAGCCAAGCCCCGACGGCGCAUUGCCAGCGAGACGCACAGCGAGGGCUCGGAGUACGAAGAGCUGCCCAAGCGGAGGCGCCAGCGGGGCGCAGAGCCGGGCCAGGAGGGCACGCUUCUGGAGAGGGACGAGGGUGCCCUGAAGAAGGACUCCUGGCGCUCCAACAGGACUUACCCCGAAGACCAGGGCAGCCUCGAUGGCCGCAGCCGUGGACCCCGGGCCUGCGGGCGAGCACUCCCGCCCCGGCUGAGCAACUGCAGCUACGGCCGCAGAACCUUUAUCACCAAAGAGCCGCCCCACUGGCAGAGCAGGAGCCCCGGCGGCUCCUGGCAAGAGUAUGGCACCUCCGACCCGUGUGGCCCGCGGCGAACCACCGACAGAGACUACAUUCCAGACUCCUACCGAUACUCAGAUGCGUUUGGCAGCAGGGUCUUUGAGGACAGCCGAAUGGAAGACAAGAGAUCUUUCUUUCAAGAUGACCACGGGGUAGAUUCGGAGAACAUAGAGAACCGGCCGUUCCGACGAAGGCGACCCCCACGCCAAGACAAGCCCCCUCGCUUCCGCCGCCUCCGCCAAGAGCGAGAGUCCCUGGGCCUGUGGGGACCCGAGGAUGAUCCUCACCUGCUGGCGAGCCAGUGGCCAGGCCGCUCCAAACUCUGUCCUGGGGACAAAGGUGGCCCCGGAGGUCACAGGUCCCCGGAGCUCUCCUACCAGAAUUCUUCUGAUCAUGCCAACGAAGAAUGGGAGACAGCCUCUGAGAGCAGCGACUUCAGCGAGCGCAGGGAGCGGAGAGAAGGCCUUUCAGCAGAGCCAGAAGCACAAGGGGAUGGCCUGUCAGGGAGCAGCUUGGGUGAGAAGAAGGAGCUGGCCAAGAGGAGCUUCUCCAGCCAAAGGCCCCUGGUUGACAGACAGAGCCGCAAGCUGGAGCCGGGAGGGUUUGGGGAGAAGCCUGUUAGGCCAGGUGGGGGUGAGACUUCCCCCCGCUGCGAGAGCCAGCAGAGUGGGACACCUCUGAAAGCCAAAAGGUCUCCAGAUGAGGCCUUGCCCGGAGGUCUUAGCUGUGGCAGUGGAAACCACUCGCCCUAUGCCCUGGAGCGUGCUGCCCAUGCUAGCUCUGACAGCCCUGAAACCACCAGCAAGAAGGCAGAGAAGGAGGCAACCUUGGCCGUCCAGAGGGCUGGUGAGCAGGAAGAGGCUCGGAAGCAGUUUGACCUGGGCUACGGAAAUACCAUCAUUGACAACUGCGGGUCCAGCCCUGGGGAGGAGAGUGAGGUUGGCUCCAUGGUGGGCGAAGGCUUCAUUGAAGUCCUGACCAAGAAGCAGCGCCGCCUGCUGGAGGAGGAAAGAAGAAAGAAGGAGCAAGCUGCCCAGGUGCCUGUUAAAGGUCGAGGCCUUUCGUCACGUAUUCCUCCUCGGUUUGCUAAAAAGCAAAACAGCCUGUGCCUGGAGCAAGGUGAAGUGGCUGUGCCUGGCAGCAGCCUGGGUACCGAGAUCUGGGAGAGUGGUAGCCAAGCCCUUCCUGUGCAGGGCGCAGCCAGCGACUCAUGGCGGAAAGCCGUUACCGCCUUCAGCAGCACCGAGCCUGGCGCCUCAGAGCAGGGUUUUAAGAGCAGCCAGGGAGAUAGUGGCGUUGACUUGAGUGCCGAGUCUCGGGAGUCGUCCGCGACCUCCUCGCAGCGCAGCUCCCCAUAUGGCACUCUGAAGCCAGAGGAGAUGAGCGGGCCCGGCCUGGCGGAACCCAAGGCCGACAGCCACAAGGAACAGGCUCAGAAGCAGUCUGAGCAAAAGGACUCAGAACAAGGCUCAGGACAGAGCAAGGAGCACAGACCAGGACCCAUCGGCAAUGAGCGGUCUCUGAAAAACAGAAAGGGCUCGGAGGGGGCCGAGCGGCUGCAAGGGGCCGUCGUCCCGCCUGUUAACGGGGUGGAGAUUCACGUGGACUCCGUGCUCCCUGUGCCGCCCAUUGAGUUUGGAGUCAAUCCAAAAGACUCUGAUUUCAGCCUGCCACCUGGUUCUGCUUCUGGUCCUGUAGGGAAUCCAGUUGUCAAGCUGCAGGAUGCCUUGGCUAGUAAUGCAGGGCUGACGCAGAGUAUUCCCAUCCUCCGGCGGGACCACCACAUCCAGAGAGCCAUUGGCCUCUCUCCCAUGUCCUUCCCUACUGCAGACCUCACGCUGAAGAUGGAGUCUGCACGCAAGGCUUGGGAAAACUCCCCCAGUUUGCCGGAGCAGAGCUCUCCAGGAGGUGCAGGCUCGGGCAUCCAGCCUCCAUCCUCUGUGGGCGCCUCCAACGGGGUCAACUACAGCUCCUUUGGUGGAGUGUCCAUGCCGCCCAUGCCUGUGGCUUCUGUAGCACCUUCUGCUUCCAUGCCAGGCAACCACCUCCCACCUCUGUAUCUGGACGGCCAUGUGUUUGCGAGUCAACCCCGACUGGUUCCUCAAACGAUACCUCAGCAGCAGAGUUACCAGCAGGCUGCCACUGCCCAGCAGAUCCCGAUCUCCCUCCACACAUCUCUGCAGGCCCAGGCUCAGCUUGGACUAAGGGGCGGGCUCCCUGUCUCCCAGUCCCAGGAGAUCUUCAGCUCCCUGCAGCCUUUCAGGUCUCAGGUGUACAUGCACCCCAGCCUGUCACCGCCCAGCACCAUGAUCCUCUCUGGGGGCACAGCCUUGAAGCCCCCGUACUCGGCGUUCCCAGGCAUACAGCCCUUGGAGAUGGUAAAGCCACAGUCUGGCUCACCCUACCAGCCCAUGAGUGGAAAUCAGGCCCUGGUCUACGAAGGCCAGCUCAGCCAGGCUGCCGGACUGGGUGCCUCCCAGAUGCUGGAUUCCCAGCUCCCACAGCAGCUCACCAUGCCGCUGCCUCGGUACAGCUCUGGGCAGCAGCCACUGAUCCUGCCACAGUCCAUUCAGCUGCCGCCGGGACAGAGCCUCUCUGUUGGGGCCCCUCGAAGGAUUCCUCCACCUGGCUCCCAACCACCAGUCCUGAAUACCAGCAGAGAGUCCUCUCAGAUGGAGCUGAAAGGCUUCCACUUUGCCGACAGUAAACAGAAUGUUCCUACCGGAGGCUCCGCACCAUCCCCACAGGCCUACAGGCCUAGCUCUGCUAGCCCCAGUGGGAAGCCCUCUGGAUCAGCAGUUAACAUGGGCUCUGUGCAGGGACACUACGUUCAACAGGCAAAGCGAGUGGAUGAAAAACCCAGCCUGGGAGCCGUGAAGCUGCAGGAGCCCCCCUCAGCCUCCUCCCAGAUGAAGCGAACUGGAGCAAUCAAGCCUCGGGCAGUCAAGGUGGAGGAGAGUAAAGCCUGAAGGUGCCUGGUAACCCUUGCCUCACCCCAGCAGGGACGGUGCACCACCACCAGCCUGGACAGCCACCGCCCGGGACCUCACCAGAUCCACCGUCCAACCACCUGGCCUGGUCAGAGGGCUUUCUUCCACACCUGAAAGUUCCAUCGUCAGUCAGCCCACACCGUGGAUACACACGGCAUUGACCUGCUUGCUUUGAAACAAAAGAGCAGACUCCCUCCUUCCCGUCCCCCUUCCCAGUGACUGUGGAGUGAGUCGCCUUCUGUGCAGUGCAGACCUGCCCACCUGCCCCAUUUCCCGGCACAGUGGCUUGGCAGCAGGGUCAUUUUAGCUGGAGGCUUUUUGUUUUAAAAAGCAGCUAAGGUUUUUACAAAGGGGAAAGGAAGACAACGCUAGCUACAUCUGUAUAGCUGAACUUUUAUAUGUUUCUCGCUGUCCUCUCUGGCCCCUCAGCUGUCCCCAGUGGUCUCCUUUUACCUCUGUCCUGUUUGACACUUCACUGUGCACCUUAAGACACAAUUCUUAAGAAUGCACCCACACACACACAGGUGGUUAACCUUUGGGGUAUCGAGGACAUGACCAUGGGCGGCGCUCUGGUGUCUCCUCGCCACUUUGGGCGUGGUGAGGUAAGGAAAACAGCAUGUAGGUUGGCUCCAGCCCUCACCUGGAGUUGAUGUUUUAGCAUAAGAACUGUGUCCAGGGCCCUUCAGAAGCCAGUGGACACCGGGUGCUGGGCACCAGCAAUGAAUUUUGGAGUUACAGUCACUGUUGUUUUCCAGAUUGGCUGAGGUCGCUGGAGCCACAGGCCCCACUUGGGGACCAUGCUUCUGAGGCGCCAUGGUUUGACCCUCAGGGCUGUUGUGGUCCCUCUCAUUUCCUUUCCUCCUCUUUGUGGAGCCUGCCAUGUCCCUCUGGAUCCCUGUCCCUCCAUCCCUCACAGCUUAUCACCAAAACCAGUGCUAGAAGGAAGGGCAUGGACACCUGUUGGCUGGACCUGAAACAAAGGCAUGAGGUCCGCAGGAAAGGCUACUGGAUGGUCAUCUUCUGUUCCUCCCUCAGCAGGUUGCUGAGGCCUGGGGUGCCGAGCAGCAGCUGCAUUACCAAUCCUGCACAGCUGGGCAGGAUCAAGCCUUCUGGGCAGCCCGCACAGCCUCCCUAAAAAAAUGGUGUAUCUUCAAACUGCCCUUGGCAGGUUUGUGUGAGCCGCUGUAUGCCGGGCUUCUUGCUUUAAUUAAUAACGAAGGAAAUCUUCCUGACACCUUCAUUCCAAGGAAAGUGAAAGGGGAAGUUCAAAUUGCUCAGAUGCUCUUUGGGGUCCCUAAUUAACCACCCACCUAGGGAUGCCAGAGACCACCUGCCUCAGAGAGCUUGUGGUUCCUAGCAGGGCUGGGCAAGUCUGCAGUCUGCCCUCACUGUCACUGAGUAUGACGGCUGUCAGGCUGUUUGUGUAAAGUCCAUAGAACAAGCAUCUUGGGAAUGUUUAAGUGGCUGCUUGCUGCCUUGUUAGUGUAAAGAAGUGGGGGGUCAGCUUCCCCUGGCAGAUAGUGCCACACGUUGUCCCCUACAUUAUGGGGACAGGGCAGUCCUAGGGAAAGGCUAUACAGCAUCUGCAGCACUCCAGGCCUCCCCUUCCUGCCUCUGUCUUCUGACCUUUACCAGCUGUCUGUCCUCUACCCUGUCUCUACUCCAGAAUCAGCCCUUCUCAAAGCUGCCCACUCAGAGUCCCUGGCAUGGGCCUGCUGUGUCCCUCAUCUCCUGUCCCACACCCCCUGUGUCUGGUCACUGUCCCAAUGAUUGAGUCCACUGCCCCCCCCCCAUUGCCAAGCUCUAACCCUGAUAAGUCUGGGUCAGUGAAGUCACACACAGUCGUCUCUACCUGUCCUCAGAAAUGUGGCCAGGCCCCAAUGCUGGUGCACAUACUUGUCAAAAGAAACAUGUUUUCUCAUUUCAAAAUUCCACAGACCAGUCCUGGAUGUUGUUACAGACACAAGAUGUGCCCUUCAGGGGAAACUGCCACCAGAAUGGCAGUACCUCCUAUUUGGGGGGGGGGGGGGAAGGUCACCUGUUCUCAGUCCUUUCUCUCACCCUGUACUUCCCUCCUUCCUCCUGCCCCAAAUAAAAACAAAAAAACACUAGAAUUUAUUUAUAUGUAUUGAUGUUGUAGGUCUAGGUGAAAAAAAAAAAAAAAAAGUAAAAGCUCCACUGCUCUAUUUAUAUAUAAUGUUUGAAUUACUCUGUGCAGGAAAGGCCAGGAAAUUGCAUGUGAAGUUUGGUGCGUACACCACCUCUGUAACCUCAGCUGUGGGCCCUUCCCCUCCUGAGAUGCAUAUUUCAAAUUAGACUCUGAGAGCAGAGGGCAGGCCUCUGGCCUCCUGAUGUCCCCAUCCCUCCUUCAGUCUGAUUAAAGUCAAGUUUUUAGUGCAGAGAUGUUUUAAGGUGCAAUAUCUCAUGUGGUUUUAGAGCCAAGCUCAAGGUAAUAGGACUUGGGGUCUUAUUUUGGUUUCAAACUCCCAUCCUCAGAUCAUAGGCAACACAUAGAAGCUUCUGUCAAGAUGCUGUGGCCUUUGGCUUGAACAGGUGAAGCCUAGCACCUGCCUUUUCUAUGGUAGAGGUGGGUGGAGGUAGGGCAGGAUCUUCACUUCUGCCUGAAGUCCCCUGAUGCUGGCAGCUUUGCUGGGGCCAUUGAUGAUACAGCCCGUUGCUUGGCAACCAGUGACUCUUCAGUAGUCUUGGCCAGGUGAUGUGUCCAACAUACUGGAAACUGCUGCCAGCUCUUUAGUCUGGUUUCUUAACAGUUGCUUUCCCUGUUUUUUUCCCAUGGUUACAACUUUCAAACUUAGAAUCCACAGAACACUUCUGGGUCUAGUUUCUUUAAGGGGAGAAACAUAGGAUGACCUCAUUACAUUCAGAGAAGGUGGUUCAUUUCUAGUGGUCGUUUAGCGGCCUCUGGAGGUACUAGGAUAACAUGCUAAUAAUGGCAUCGCCUUCCUGUCUUUUGGAGCUGUGCGGAAGCUGUGGAUGAUUUAAGUCAGAACCCAUGCCCGCUCUGGCUAAGCCCUUCCCCUGUCAUCCAUUGGAUGGGUACCCCUCUGCCAAGUACCUGCAUGUUGACUUGCAAGAUCUGUUUUGCCCCCUUCUGGCAGCAAGCCUGGGUUAGAGGGUCUGCUGGAAAUCUUUACAACCAAGGACACAAAAGUGUGUGCUGGGUUGUGUUUGUUGUUAAGUAGGAAGUGAGACUUCAGAAACAGUUCUCCUCUGUGAGAUGGACCUAACACAAAAAGGUCAUCUGGACAGGAAUGCUGGGGAUGGGCACUGUCAUCAGCUGUGCUCUCCACUGGGUCUACCGCCACAUCUAGCUGGUGAUCUUCCAGACCCAUGACACCUAGCGUUCCUCGGUUCCUUGCUUCAAACCUGCAGCAUCCCCUGUCUUUGGCAUGUCACAAUCAGGAGUGGCCAUUCCUGUGAAGGCUCUGUGUGAUGGCGCUCUUCAGUUGCUGAAAGGAGUCCUUAAGUGUUCGACCUCAUGAUUUCAUAGUAAAAAGGAUUUGGGGUUUUGUUUUGUUUUUGAGGGUUUUCUGUUUCCUUCUUUUGUUUUGGCCUUUCCUCUUUUAUCUUUUUCAUGUAGACCAGAUAUUUGAAAGGGCGGACGAUGCUAAAGGUGUACUGUGCAGCUUGUUUAGAUGUGAUUUGGGAAACCUCUUACCUCGGAUGGGAAAUGGAAUCGUGGAUUCACCCGGCGUGCUGGACGCUCACCCUCCCUUCCCUCCAGUUCAGUACCUGUUGUUUCUCCUUUCAAAUAUGUGAUUGUACUAGCUCUUUCCAUACGAAAGAACUCUCCUUAUUUAAAUAAAAAAAUUAAAAAAAAAAUAAAGCUGAACAUGCUUUCUCAA